GUGGCUAUAUUCUUCUCUGGUCUUAGUGCAGUUGAGUAGGCUAUUUAGAGCUUGCGGUAUUGACUGCUCGAGUGUGCUCUCUACCGCUCAGUGCGCGCUGUCCAUACAUCAAAAUACACUUCUAUACAAAUCUCUCUCUCUCUCUCCUAUGCUGACUUUUUGAUUUUUACAGUGCAGGAUACGGAGUCAUUCAUUUGGAAACACGUUCAUGUGAGAGAGGAGAGAGGCGCAUUUACCGGGAGAUGGGGGAAAAGUAUCAGGCAGCGCAUAGACAACACUGCAUUUGACUAAUGUGCGUGGAGAGCAACUUUGUUUAACGACACUGUAAAAGUUAAUUGAACAAUAACUGAAUAUGCAUCUAAAGCGCAUCUUCAGUCUCCUCCACCAGUUAUGUUUUCUUGGAGCAUUUGCCAUUGCAGAUCCACACCCCUUCCAGGAAUCCGAGUCCGAAAUUAUUUUCCCGGAGGUUUUUCCAGAUACAGGUCCACCGGCUCCUGAUAAACCAAAUAGCCGAGAGACUGACGCCAGCGCCGGAGCUCCCGAUAAACCAACUAGCCGAGAGACUGACGCCAGCGCCGGGAGCAGCUCUCGGGAGGUUCGUUCCAUUUCAAACUGGGAAGAGUACGAAUCUCCAGAGCUAUACCAUUGGGAACCUCAAGGACCGCAAACGGCUGCUUCCACAGGGCUGAGACUCAGAAUUCCUGCUUUUGGCAGGGACCUGCACCUCAUCCUGAAGAGAGACACUCGAUUUCUGUCCCAGAAAUUCAUGGUGGAGAGGAGACAGAAAGCACAAAAGGCAUCUCGGAGCAGUAUGCCAGUUUCGUCCGCUGCCAACACAGAAGAGAGAGGAUGCUAUUACAGCGGAACUGUUGUCAAUGACGCAGGAUCCAUUGCCUCAUUCAGCACCUGCGCAGGACUGAUGGGCUUCAUUCAACUCAAUGGAGACUUCCUCUACAUCGAGCCUGUCAAUAAAACGCUGUCCGUCACGGGACAGGCCCACCGCGUGUACAGGAGGAAGCGCUCCACCACCGAGGAGAGACAGACAGACAAGCAGACGACAGACAAACAGACAAGCAGCAACUAUUGUGGAGUCAUUCCAGAAAGACAGAAGAGUAAGAACAGGAAACCGUCUGAGGGAGGCAGAGGGAAGCGGUAUUUGUAUAAACUACUCCAGGAGUACAACGUGGAGACUGUGGUGGUGGCCGACCCAGCUAUGGUCAGCUACCACGGCUCAGAGGCAGCCAAACGAUUCAUCCUCACCAUCAUGAAUAUGGUUUUCAACUUGUUUCAACACAAGAGCCUGGGAAUACAGAUUAAUAUCAGAUUGACUAAACUUGUGCUGCUUCACGAAACACCAUCAGACAUGUACAUUGGUCACCAUGGUGAGAAGAUGCUGGAGAGUUUCUGUCGUUGGCAGCAGGAGGAGUAUGGGAAGAAGAGUGUGAUGUCAGACUUCAGCACUCGGUGGAGGGAGGACCUACCCUCUGUGGACACGGCCAUUCUAAUCACACGGAAGGAUUUCUGCGUGCAUAAAGAUGAACCCUGUGACACUGUAGGCAUUGCCUACCUGAGCGGCAUGUGCAGCGAGAGAAGGAAAUGCAUCCUAGCUGAGGACAACGGCCUCAACCUGGCCUUUACCAUCGCUCACGAAAUGGGCCACAACAUGGGUGUGAGUCACGACAACGACCACCAGUCGUGUGCGGACGGUCUCCACAUCAUGUCGGGAGAAUGGGUCAAAGGUCAGAACCUGGGCGAUGUUUCCUGGUCUGGCUGUAGCCGUGACGACGUGGAGAAGUUCCUCCGGUCCAAGGCCAGUAGUUGUCUCCUCCAGACCGACCCGCUGAGCUUGAACUCAGUGAUCCUGCCAUUCAAACACCCAGGGAUGACUUACACGGCAGAUGAACAGUGUCAGAUCCUCUUCGGAACCACCGCCUCCCACUGUCAAAACAUGCAGUAUGUGAUGUGUUCAGGGCUGUGGUGCCGGGUGGAUGGAGAGAAGGACUGUAAAACCAAACUGGACCCACCCAUGGAUGGCACAGAGUGUGACCCAGGAAAGUGGUGUCGUGCUGGGGAGUGUGUGAGCAGAGCGGUGCCAGUGGAGCAAGCCAUGGGAGAGUGGAGCACCUGGGGGUCCUGGGGAACCUGCAGUCCAACCUGCAGCACUGGCAUCAGUGGACGCCAGCGCAAGUGUGAGAGUCCCAGUGGGAAAAGCCGGGACUGUGUCGGCUCCAGGAUGCAGUACAGGCUGUGUGAGAACCUACCCUGCCCUGCUGGGAGCCCCAGCUUCAGAGACCAACAAUGCCAGACCUUCAAUCGCCCCUCCCUACACUGGCACUCCGUCAUGGAUGAUGAGAGGCCCUGUACACUGUUCUGUUCCUCCACAGGGAAAGAACAACCCCGCCUCCUGGCUGAGAAGGUGCUGGAUGGAACCUCCUGCGGCUCUCAGGAGUCUGGCCUCUGUGCCAACGGGACAUGUCAGAAAGUGGGCUGUGACAGGAUCCUGAGUUCGAUGGCAAGAGAGGACCACUGUGGGGUGUGUAAUGGCAACGGCAAGUCUUGUAAAGUCAUCAAGGGGGACUUCAACCACACCAAAGGAGCAGGCUAUGUGGAAGCUGUGAUCAUCCCCAAAGGGGCCAGGAGAAUCAGAGUGAUGGAAGAAAAGCCUUCACAGAGUUAUUUGGCACUCAAAGACACAAACAAACAUUCCAUCAACAGCGACUGGAAGAUAGACCGCCCAGGAGCCUUCAACAUGGCGGGCACCACCGUUCACUACGUCCGGAGAGGACUGUGGGAGAAAAUGUCAGCCAGAGGUCCCACUACCUCCCCGCUGCAUCUCAUGGUGCUGCUGUUCAAUGAGCAGAACCAUGGCAUCCAUUACGAGUACACCAUCCCCACAGAGGCUAACAUGGAACCCCAGGGAGGGUUAGGACCGGGGGCCAUGCCCAGCGAACCCCUCUUCAUGUGGACCCACUCUGGCUGGGAGGACUGCCAUGCCGUGUGUGGAGGAGGAGAAAGAAAGACAAUCGUCACCUGCACUAACAUUGUCAACAAAACUACAAGCGUGGUGGACAACCGAAGAUGUCGUCACCUGACCAAACCUGAGCCUCAAGUCCGCAAGUGCAAUGAGCAGCCCUGCCAGACAAGGUGGAUGAUGACUGAGUGGACGUCUUGCUCUCGUACCUGUGGUAGAGGCUCUCAGAGCAGACAGGUAGCCUGCACCUUACAGCUAGCCAACGGCACCCUGGUCAAAGCCAAGGACCGCGACUGUGCCGGCCCCAAGCCGGCCCCCAACCAGCGCUGCGAGGGCCAGGACUGUCUCACCGUGUGGGAGGCUGGCGUGUGGUCUGAGUGCUCGGUGAAGUGUGGGCGGGGGGCGCGCCAUCGGCUGGUGAAGUGCACCAACCCACGGAAGAAGUGUGACUUGUCGACCCUGCCUCGUGAGACGGAGGACUGUGAGGACUACUCCAAGUGUUACAUCUGGAGGACAGGAGACUGGGCCAAGUGCUCGGUCACCUGUGGCAAAAGCAUGCAGUCCCGGGUUAUCCAGUGCAUGCACAAGAUCACCGGGCGCCACGGCAACGAGUGCUUCUCGUCGGAGAAGCCGGCGGCGUACCGGCCAUGUCAGCAGCAGGCGUGCAACGAGAGGAUCAACGUCAACACCAUCACCUCGCCACGCCUGGCUGCCCUGACGUUCAAGUGUUUACGGGACCAGUGGCCGGUUUACUGCAAAGUCAUCCGCGAGAAGAACCUCUGCCAAGACAUGCGCUGGUAUCAACGCUGCUGUGAAACUUGCCGGGACUUUUACGCACAGAAGAUGCAGCAGAGGAGUUGACCCUCCCCUCACCCCCUCGCCCCCUCCUUCCAGGGGCGAACUUAGGUGUCAUAUCCUAUUUAUGUAUAUCAAGUGCACUUAUUCCAACACGUGGGAUGGACAGAACACACCUGUUUCAACCUAAACCAGCUAUAGAUUAUAAGCACUGUAAAUGUGUGAUUAGUUCGUUGUGUUAUUGGUAUUGAGUCCAUACCAUGUCAUGUUAUUGGUAUUGAGUCCAUACUAUGUCAAGUUAUUGGUAUUGUGUCGAUACUAUGCUCAUGUUAUUGGUAUUGAGUCGAUACUAUGGUAAUCUUAUUGGUAUUGAGUCGAUACUAUGUCAUGUUAUUGGUAUUGAGUCGAUACUAUGGUAAUCUUAUUGGUUUUGAGUCGAUACUAUGGUCAUCUUAUUGGUAUUGAGUUGAUACUAUGUCAUGUUAUUGGUAUUGAGUCGAUACUAUGGUCAUGUUAUUGAGGUUGAAUCGAUACUAUGUCAUGUUAUUGGUAUUGAGUCGAUAUUAUGCUCAAGUUAUUGGUAUGUAGUCGAUACUAUGCUCAUGUUACUGGUAUUGAGUCCAUGCUAUUGCCAUCUUUUUGGUAUUGAGUCCAUACUAUGGUAAUGUUAUUGGUAUUGAGUCGAUAUUAUGCUCAUGUUACUGGUAUUGAGUCCAUGCUAUUGCCAUCUUUUUGGUAUUGAGUCGAAACUAUAGUCAUGUUAUUGAGAUGGAAGCAAUACUAUGUCAUGUUAUUGGUAUUGAGUCCAUAUUAUGUCAUGUUAUUGGUAUUGAGUCGAUACUAUGGUCAUGUUAUUGAGGUUGAAUCGAUAAUAUGUCAUGUUAUUGGUUUUGAGUCGAUACUAUGGUCAUGUUAUUGGUAUUGAGUCGAUACUAUGUCAUGUUAUUGGUAUUGAGUCGGUCUAAGCACAUCUCUUUUGAGGGUGUAAUUGUUGACCAGCCUUCACCUGGGAUCCGUUGAGCUGAUAUACUGUAGAUCUACAUAAGGAUCCAACUCUUUGGUGUUUUUGGAGAAGUUUUUGUUUUUAAUAAUGUUAAUUCAUGCUAAUAUUUUGUAAAUGUCUUACCAUUUCCCAUACUGUAUUUUUUCUGAUUUAUCUUCAUUAAUAUCACAUUGAAAGUCCAUCAAGGUAUACCACUUGUAGUUUCCAUUAAUUUAGUUAACCCCGUAUAAUGUAACCAAUGCAAUAGUGCCAAAAGUGCAAACUACAAACUUCAUUAGGCGUACCAUCGGACCUAGGUCUACUGGUUUCCUAUCAGUUUCUUCCAACAAAAAAAACAGAAUGUCCCGCACACUGUUUAUGCUCCCAGGUACCACGGUUUAUCGGACAACAUUUCCAUCUGUAAGGAUCUUCAUCAGGUCAAAACAACCAGACAAAACGGCCUGACGAAGAUCCUUGUGGAUGGAACCGUUGUCUGAUAAAAGGUGCUAUUUGGGAGCAUAAUCAGUGUUUUGGACUUUCUGGUUUUUUUCUUCUCAAGUUGACUUCUUUAGCCCAGCACAAACAUUUCUAUCUAUUUCAGCAUUGGUGAACUUCAUGCUAUCUGCUUGGUAUAGCCACUGCUGAGACUUUGGCUUCCAGCCGUGAGUAAUUACAAUGACAUUCUUGUCUUUCGUCAAGUUUAGCAAAAAUGUGUUUAGAGACACAAAUGGUACUGUAGUGUUUAAUCUAUCUCAAACAGAAUUCACAAUACUGUCCAUUUAGAAGCAAUACUGAAAACAUUACAGCUGCAAAGACUCUUAUGUUUGAUUGAUAUGAUGUUUUAGGGUUUAGGACUUUCAGCUCUUCAUUUGCUUUGUACAUGUUUGGCUUAAUGUCGAACACUGUAAGCAACAAUGUGGCUUUGGAAGGAUUUGGAUAAUUGAUGAUACUUCUAUUAACGACAGCAAAUAUAUUCUUAUUAUUAACGUGCUGUUUAUGUGGUGCUAAUUAGUGUACUUGAGUGAACUUUUGGGGAUCUAGGCUUAAACAUAAAGUGUUGCCAAAUAGCCGAGGCUUGCUUAAAGUUGGAGAAAAUACCUUAUUGUAACAUUUACUGAAUUAAUCUGUCUAUGCAUAUGUUAACAAUAGUGCUGGCCUUAGGAUCUGUUGGGACUGAAACAAUUGUGUGGAAAGCUUGAGGACCCAAAUCUUUUCCGUCAAAUCUAACAUUGACAUCAGGGGUGUGUUCAGUACGUCACAUAGCGGUCUUCAACGUUUAAUUCAACGGAAAUGGUACUGUACUGAACGACUAGUUGAAGAACGGUGUAUGGUGUGUGUGCUGCCUAAACCAGAUCUUUACCAUGAUAAGGCCAGACCUUGCUCGACAUUGCGGUGUCAGGUUUGUCCUGCGUCCCACAGUCUUGUGAGAUUGUAUGGUGUGUGUGGUGUGCUGCACGAGUUUUGCGAUUUAAAAUGGUCACACACAUAUUUUGAUUGGCCCACACCAAUAUUGAUCAGUUCACACCCAUAUUGACCAGGCCACACCCAUAUUGAUCAGGCCACACCCAUAUUGAUCAGGCCACACCCAUAUUGAUCAGGCCACACCCAUAUUGAUCAGGCCACACCCAUUUUGAUCGGGCCACACCCAUAUCGAUCAGGCCACACCCAUAUUGAUCAGGCCACACCCAUAUUGAUCAGGUCACACCCAUAUUGAUCAGCCCACACCCACCAAACAGGAGCAAACAUACCUCAAAGGCUGUUACGGGAACGCUGUGCAUCCCUUGGGGGGAAAUGUAGUUCAGUAGCAAACGUUGAAUGGAACUGAAUGCAUCCUAGUUUCGCGCACGGAUCACUCCAAGUUAGGAUUUGGAUCUAAGUGCCUUCAGGAGGGGUUUCUAAAGGGAAAUUAUCCUCCACAUGAUCUGUAUCGAUAUUUCAAAAUGUGUUUCAAAAUCACUAAAGGGACAUAUUUAGUCAUAUAGUAAACUAUCAUCCAUAUUUCUGUCAAAUAGUUAGUACAGUAUGGCCGACCUUGGUUGUGUACACCAGGAUGAGCCCACGGCUGUCUUGUAUGUUAAAGUCAAUGUUAGAACGACAACAUCUGAACAGCAAGCUGCUUCACUAGAACAAUCUGCUGUACAUCCUAUUCACACAACGAUGACCGUUUCUAGUGUAUCACUCCACGGCCCUCUACUUGAAUAGAGAUAAUGUAGAACUAAGAAACACUGACACUGUACAUGUUUACACUGAAGUACUGCUGCACUGGUAUGGGUUGGCUCCGGGGUGAAGUAUCCCCUAGGUACUGUUCCUAGGACCCUAGAUCAGCAUCUAGGGGCAACUUCACCCUACUCUGGUUCCCAUGAGCCCUCAGUCUAGGCGUCACAUGGGUGCAAAAAAAUACUGCUUGGUUUACACCUUCUGUCAUUGGCUGAAAACAAGUUGAGUGUCGUUGAAUUGAAUUAAAAUGGACAUUUUAUAGCACUGUUAAGGCCAUGUCGUUUUUGAAUGGCUUCCUACAUACCUGUGUGUCGCGUUGUCUCGUAAUGUCUUGCGGUUGUGUAGGAGAAAAAACUGCCUGCAUAUCAUGUUCCUGAGAAAAUAAUAAAAUAGAUUCUCCAUUA